CACUCACUCCAUGAGCUACCGGGUGUUUACAAAAUGUCCAUAUGCCAGAAAAGUAGCGGCGGCGAGACGCUGUGCGGCCACUGCUGCAAAGUUUCUUGGGCGAACCCCGAAAACGUAUCGGCGUUCACAAGGCCUUUGCGCAGGGUCAGCAUCAGCAGUUUGAAAAGCUCAAGCUGUCCCGUAUGCCGCCUGAUUGGAGAAUUCAGAUCAAUGACUCGUUCGUUGGACAACGCCUCGUUCGGUUUGCUGAGAGAAAGGCAGCACAAGUGUAUCGCAGAGCCCGGGACGAGUCACGAGGCUGUCUCUGUCUUGCGACAAGGCAGUGAUCCGGAUUACUUCUUCAGACCACACAUACUCAUGUCUCGCCUCGAUCACAGCAACACUACUGUCCGGCUAAAGAGCAUCUUUCCGCAAAAGCUAGACCACGAUCUCCUAAAGAGCUGGCUGGACGACUGCAAGCUGAAUCACCAUCAGCGUUGUCGGCCACAUCGUCGACCCCCAUUACAGAGACUCAAAGUGAUUGAUUGUCAUGACAGAAAAGUUGUGGACGCACUACCUGGGCUGGCUUUCUUUGCUCUUUCAUACGUCUGGGGGGACUCGAGCUCAGAAGCUGUUGAGUGCUAUGAUGCAUUAGAGUCGAGGCAGCUGAUGCCCCAGACCAUUAGCCAAAGUAUACAGCUCACCCUUAACCUGGGAUGUAGGUUCCUUUGGGUUGAUCGUUACUGCAUACCCCAGCACGACCCGGCAGCGAAACAGCUACAGAUAUCCCAAAUGGGAGAUAUAUACUUGGCUGCAGAUUUGACCAUUGUAGCUUCAACAGGCACCGAUCCCUCAUCUGGACUACCCGGGCUCUCACCCACUUUGCGCCGCCCAGUUCAUCAUGUCGAAGUAAAAGGAAAUCACCUUUACGCCAUCCCACACAUAGCUGGCUCAAGGGAUAUCCUUGAUUCUCGCUGGGCAACACGAGGCUGGACAUUUCAAGAAGGCUUCUUGUCUAGAAGGCGAUUGGUAUUCACAGACCGCCAGGCCAUCUUCGUUUGCGACACCGAAACCUAUUACGAAGCCACCACGAUCCCAAUGCUGCACGGCUACAAGAGCGUAGAGGACCGUGAGGCCUCUUAUUUGCGGGAAGAGCUACUACUAGAGAACUGUCUGCCACGAAGGCAACUCGAAACAAAGUGGGCGGACACCGGGAUCAAGAGCUCAGGUAUGGAUAGAGCCCGCGCAUAUCUUGAACAAUACUGUCGUCGAUCUCUAAGAUUCGACAACGACGCGCUCGAAGCGAUCAGUGGGGCGCUGUACACACUUGCUUCCGAGUCGGUAUACCAUAUCUCGGGUCUCCCAUUCGACUUCCACACCGAUAAGAACGAUCGUUACAUCGAGCUCUCGAUGCAUUGGAGCCAUCUAAAUCGUGGAAAGACACGUCGACGGAAUGGCUUCCCAAGCUGGUCUCCAAUUGGUUGGGAAGGUCGUAUAUCAUGGGACAGCAGGGCGUCGGCCCUACCUGCCCGCUUCAACGAGAUACACGUUGUGGUCGAGCAAAAGGGAACCAGCUUAUGGGACUUUGAUGCAUCGCCCGAUCUUCGAGCUCACGUCACUAACGAGGAACAGCUUGCAUUCGAACUGCCGACGACGAGACUCACAGUGCUUCGGCAAUACGGGAGUGGAAAGCCGAGCGAAGAACACGUGAUUGCACUGCGCUACGACGAGUAUACAUACAUCUACUUGGGUACGUAUUGGAGCAUAAGUGAUACUCAGCUCGCCAAUACUGCCUAUUUGACUGGCGUUCUUUUCUCGUCACAUCUAAAAUCCUACACAAGCUGGGUAAUGGUUCUGCGGCAGCGCGGCGCAUACUACGAGCGCAUAGGCGUGGCGCGUUUCUGCGACCAUUACAAUGCUGGGCAGCUUGACUACUGCGUUCACGAUUGGGAAGGCAGGGAGUUUCGCUUGAAGAACUGGCAAUCGCUUGGCCAUGGCCAAGGUGAAUGGUGGCUUAAGCUUUUCAAGACAGAGGCAAUCGUCCUCGGCUAGAUGGAGCUAUUGCUUCAUAUAUGAUAGCAGCCGCUGCAUGAGAUAGGAGUAGAUUGUGCAGAAGGCUUUUGG